AUGAAAUAGUUCCUCUAUUUGGUUACUUUUAUAAUACUAUUUUCUCUUUCUAAUGCCUAAAAUUAAGGUUGUACUCAAAACGCGUUUGGAACACCUGGGAACUGCCUUUGUAAUUAAGGAUUUUAUGGCGCUAUUGCAGAAGUUGGUGGAUUUUGUAAAUAAUGUCCAAGUGGGUCUACAACUCCAACUCCUUCUAACUAACCAGAUGGAAAUUCAAAUAUUAAUACAGCUAUGAGCAUUUGCAAUUAGUGUUAAGUAAAUUACUAUAUGGCAGUAGCAGCUAAUCAAACUACUCCAUCUCCAGCUUAGUGCUCUCCUUGUCCUGCAGGGACUGGAAACUUAUCUGGACCGACCGUUGCAGGAGAUAUUUCAUAAUGCAAUAUAUGUUUACCUAAUUACUAUAUGACUGCAAUAUCUGUUUCUGGGUCUAAUGGAGCCACUGCAUAGUCAGCUAAAUGCUCUCCUUGUCCACCAAAUACUGGAAAUCUUGAUGGCGCUUCAACAGCUGGGGACGUCUCUUAGUGUAAUUUAUGCUCUUAAAAUUAUUACAUGACUCAAGAUGCAAUUCCUAGCUCAAGUGGAAUAAAUCCCUCUGCUGCUUAAUGCCUUCCUUGCCCUACUGGUUCAGGAAAUACUUAACCUCCUUCAAGCUCAGGUGACAUUUCAUAGUGCAAUGUUUGCUAAAAUAACUAUUACAUGAAUUAAGCUGCAGUUACUGCUUCUUCUGGAAGUAUUGCUACUGCAGCAGUUUGUACAAUUUGCCCUCAUGGUUCUGGAAAUUCACCUGGGCCUAACUCUCCUGGUGAUAUUUCUUAAUGUAAUCAAUGUUAAGCUGGUUAUUAUAUGACUCAAUUAGCUGCAUCAAAUGGAGUAAACUCAUCGGCUGCAUAAUGUAGCCCUUGUCCAGCAAAUUCAACUAGUUAACCUACUUCUACUAUUAAUACUAUUUCUUCUUGUUAAUGUUUUGAUCCUAAUGCAGCACCUAUAAAUACAAAUCAAACAUCCUGUAUAUGUGCUAAUGGAUAUUUUGGAGUUCCAAAUACAUCAAGCAAUUAAGUUAGUGGUUGUUUUCCUUGUGAUAUCGAUUAAUAUUCAACUAAGGGAGCAUCUUGCACUACAUGUGCCAUGGGUUCUUUAGUUAACUCAGAUUCUGGAGGAUGUACUUGCAUAGACGUUAGUAUAGGAACUCUUCCAUGGAGUGCAGAUACCAAUACUUGUUAAUGCAAAUAAAAUUACUAUGGUAGUCCUUCAAGAAGUACAAUAGGAUAAACAGGUUCUUGUCUCCCAUGCCCAAAUGGAACAACUUCAGCAGUUGGAUCCUAAUUAAUCACAGAUUGCUAAGGUUAUGUGGCUACAACUUUUUAAAAAAUUAUUACAGUUUCCAUACUAUUUAUCUUCUUGAUGGGAGUUGUUUUUUGA